AUGGCCUUCGUGCCACCGAAGAGGAAGAAGAACAAGAAAUCCCUGGUGCAGAGAGGCAGCCAAACGCAGGCCAGACCCUUAUCAGCUGGCAGAGCUAUUCCUAGCACCUUUGAAGUGAAACCUGAUGAAGUCAGGUCUAAAGAGACUGCAACAUGUGGUGAGGAGUGUCCUGAACCAAAACAGACAGUAGAAGAGACACCAAAUGUACCACAGGGACCAGGACCAUAUUUUUAUAUUGGUGGAUCUAAUGGAGCUGGGCUGGUGAGCAUCUACUGCCAGAGACGAGGCUGGCAGCGUAUCUAUGACAACAGAAGAGAGGAUUAUGCACUGAAAUGGUGUGAGACCAAGUGCCGAGAGACCUAUAACAGCUUCAAAGAAGGUGAGCAGCUUCUCUACCAGAUUCCCAACAACGGAAUCCUCACCACCAAGAUAGGUCUCCUAAACUGCCUGAGAGAACAAGAGCGGGUGAUGAACAAGAUCACCUGGAGCUCUAAUUACAAGUUUCUGAAGAUGGAAGACUUCUUCCCAGAAUCUUUUCGUCUGGACUUAAAAGAUGAAAGGAAUGCCUUUUUUGAGCUUUGCCAAGAAGGAGAUAUUUGGAUCUGCAAACCAACUUGCUCUAACCAAGGCCGAGGGAUUUUCCUUCUGAAAAAUAAAGCUGCUGUCACCACCUACCAGGCCAAGCUCCACAGCACGGAGGAAGACCAACUCAGUAAGAAGGGCUCGUGCAAGGUUCCUCAGGCCAGAAUAGUGCAAAGGUACAUUCACCAGCCUCUGCUCCUAGAAGGCAAGAAGUUUGACGUCCGGUCCUACCUCCUCGUUGCCUGCACGGCACCCUACAUGUUGUUUUUUGCCCAAGGUUAUGUCCGGUUGACCUGUACCUGUUACGAUGCUGCUUCGGAUGAUCUGACGGCUCAUCUGACUAAUCAGUACAUGCAGAAGAAGAACCCCCUGUACAACCAGCUGAAAGAGGAGACAAUCUGGCGGAUGGAGCAAUUCAACAGCUACGUUAAUGAGAAGUUCAGGAAAGCCAAGGGUCUCCCCAAGGACUGGGUUUUCACUGUGUUUACUAAAAGGAUGCAGCAGAUCAUGGUGCAGUGCUUCCUGGCAGCCAAGCUCAGGCUGGAGCGCAAGCUGGGCUACUUCGAUCUCAUCGGCUGUGACUUCUUAAUUGAUGAAAACUUUAAGAUCUGGCUGCUGGAGAUGAAUGCAAAUCCAGCGUUGCACACCAACUGCAAGGUCUUGCGAGACAUCAUUCCCACCAUAGUCUACGAGAGCCUUGAUCUGGUUCUGGAGCUUUUCAACAAGUGCCUCAAGGGCCAGAGCCUUUUGCCUUUAGAGACCCUUGGCCAUUUUGUGCUUCUCUACAAGGAAGACGCUGCAGCCCCUGGUCAGAAAGCGGUGAAGCUCAGAACGUCCCCCUGCAUGGGCAGAUACCUGAGACCAUGUGCAAGCAGCCCCAGCCUCUUUGGCCAGAGCUCUGCCAAACCAUUGGAGAACUCUUCCAAGAAACUUCCAUCCUCUGGAGAAAAGGUUGGCAUCUUGCACAACCGGCAUUGCCAACAGACCCCAGUCUGGGGACCGGAGCAGGUUCCUGCGGACACGGGAUCGCGCCGGAGCAUGGGAUGCUGCGGCCUGAGGCAGGCUGGGUCUGCAGGAAUGGGCCAGGACGAGGUGGAGCUGCUCAAGACAGGAGCUACUCAAGGCAGGAGCAGAAAGUGGUCCAUUUCAGAAGGCCAGAGUGAGGGAUUCCUCCAUCCUAAGGAUCCUGUGUCCCCAACAGAGACACCAGAUGGUCUCCUUCCUCUUGCUGGGAUGCGCGUGAGAAAGGUAGUGAGUGCAAUCAGCAACACAUUUGAAAUCGCUGGAUCCAUGAUAGAAUCUAGACUCAUCUGCUGCCAGAAUUCAGCUGACUUGGACAUGUGGGUUCAGCACCUCCAGCACCAAAUUGAGAAGGCAAAUGCUAACUGCCCCACCAGUCACAACAGCAUCAUCUCUUUUCUGAAAUCCGAGGAAAGACUGCUGAUCCUGUUCCCAGAAGAUCUGCUUUUCCUCUCUGUAGAUAAGGAGAGGACUACAAUUACGUAUGAGGGAAAACUCCCCAUAACGGGCAUCCAGGCAAAGCAUAAACCAGCUAUGCUGGGGGGGCUACAGUUUGAAAUUACAGGCAGCCUAACAGACCCGAUCCUGAUCAUCUGUUCUACAGCAGAGGAUUACGAAAAAUGCCUCUUCUACCUCCAGAAGGUGGAGGAAAACCUGGAUACUCCGACUCUUCCACCACCACCUGCCAUCCCUAAGAAAUCCCGGCGAUAUCCAAAGUAG